CCUGCCCCACCCCCCGCCCUCUCUGGCUGCCCGGCCCCGUGCCCUGCCCUUCCCGGCCCCAGCAGGGCGGGCGGCCUGAGCCCAAGCAGCGACAUGCGGAGCCCCUGCCCCGUUGCCAGCCCGGUGGCCGCUGCGCUCGCUGCGCUUUCUGUGCUGGGGAUGUCGUCCUACAAGCGGGCCACGCUGGAUGAGGAAGACCUGGUGGACUCCCUCGGGGAGGGCGAGGUGUACCCCAAUGGCGUUCAGGUGAACUUUCGGGGUUCCCGGAACCGGAGUUGCUGGGCCGAGAGAACCCACAUCGAGAAGCGCCUCUCGGUGGUGAUUGGCCUUUUGGUGCUGGGGCUGUUGGCGUCCCUGGCCGUGGUGGUCUUCCAGUACAGAACCAGACCUCCUGCUCUGUGCCUGAGUGAGGCUUGCAUCUCAGUGACCAGCUCCAUCCUGAGCUCCUUGGACCAAACAGUGGACCCCUGCCAGGACUUCUUCAGCUAUGCUUGUGGGGGCUGGAUAAAGGCUAACCCUGUGCCCGAUGGCCACUCUCGAUGGGGGACUUUCAACAACCUCUGGGAACACAAUCAGGCCAUCAUGAAGCAUCUCUUGGAAAAUGCCACUGCCAGCACCAACGAGGCUGAGCGAAAAGCCCAGCAGUAUUACCAGGCCUGCAUGAACGAAUCCAAGAUUGAGGAACUGAAGGCGAAGCCCUUGAUGCAGCUGAUUGAGAAGCUUGGUGGCUGGAACAUCACAGGCCCAUGGAACAAGGACAACUUCCAGGAGACCCUGCAGGUGGUCACUGCCCACUACCGAACUUCCCCUUUCUUCUCUGUGUACGUCAGUGCCGACUCAAAGAACUCCAACAGCAAUGUGAUUCAGGUGGAUCAGUCCGGCUUAGGUUUACCUUCAAGAGAUUAUUAUUUGAAUAAGACAGAAAAUGAGAAGGUCCUGACAGGCUACCUGAACUACAUGGUGCAGCUGGGCAAGCUCCUGGGAGGGGGAGAGGAGGAAUCCAUUCGUCACCAGAUGCAGCAGAUCUUGGACUUUGAGACGGCGCUGGCCAACAUCACCAUUCCCCAGGAGAAGCGCCGAGACGAGGAGGUCAUUUACCACAAAAUGUCCGCUGGAGAUCUGCAGACUUUGGCACCUGCCAUCAAGUGGAUGCCCUUCCUCACGACCGUGUUCUACCCCGUGGAGAUCAAUGAAUCAGAGCCUGUGGUGGUCUACGCCAAAGAAUACUUGGAGCAAGUCUCCAACCUCAUCAACAACACAGACAAAAGCCUCCUGAACAACUACAUGAUCUGGAACCUGGUGAAGAAAACGAGUCCUUUCUUAGAUCAGCGCUUCCAGGAUGCCGAAGAGAAAUUCAUGGAAGUGAUGUAUGGGACCAAGAAGACGUGCCUUCCACGAUGGAAGUUUUGUGUGAGCGACACAGACAACAAUUUGGGCUUUGCUCUGGGAGCCAUGUUUGUGAAAGCCACGUUUGCGGAGGACAGCAAGAACAUAGCCAGUGAAAUGAUCUUGGAGAUCAAGAGAGCAUUUGAAGAAAGUCUGACUACACUGCAGUGGAUGGAUGAAGAUACACGUAAAUCAGCGAAGGAAAAGGCAGAUGCAAUCUACAACAUGAUCGGUUACCCCAACUUCAUCAUGGAUCCCAAGGAAUUGGACAAAGUCUUCAACGAUUACACUGCCGUGCCGGAUCUUUACUUUGAGAAUGCCAUGCGGUUUUUCAACUUCUCAUCCAGAGUCACCGCAGACCAGCUCAGAAAAGCUCCCAACAGGGAUCAGUGGAGUAUGACUCCUCCCACGGUGAACGCCUACUACUCCCCCACCAAGAACGAGAUCGUGUUUCCAGCUGGAAUCCUGCAGGCUCCAUUCUACACCCGAACAUCGCCCAAGUCACUGAAUUUCGGGGGAAUCGGGGUUGUGGUGGGUCACGAGCUGACUCAUGCUUUUGAUGAUCAAGGUCGGGAGUAUGACAAAGAUGGCAAUCUUCGGCCCUGGUGGAAGAACUCCUCCGUGGAGGCCUUCAAGCAGCAGACUGAGUGCAUGGUGGAACAGUACAGCAAUUACACAGUCAAUGGAGAGAAUGUGAAUGGCCGCCACACCCUGGGGGAGAAUAUCGCCGACAACGGGGGUCUCAAGGCUGCCUAUAGGGCCUACCAGAACUGGGUGAAGAAGAAUGGAGAGGAGGAGACACUGCCAACACUGGGUCUCACCAACAACCAGCUCUUCUUUCUUGGAUUUGCUCAGGUGGGUCCUCCGAUCUGUCCGUUACGAGACCAUCUCGAGCAAGUUAUCUGCCAAACACGAUCACUGCGACCCUGAGAUCCAGCAGUAGGGAGAGUGAGCAGAGCGGGGGCCACGGAAACCCUGGGAGACUCCUGAACUUGAGUCAGGAGAAUUCAAAUUCUUCCCCAGACGCUCCUGAGCUGGUGACCAGAGCUAUGUCAGUUGACGUCUGGCUGCCUCAGUUUCCUCAUCUGUAAAAUGUGAAUAAUAACUUCUUCCCAGGGUUGUUGUAAGGAUCAAAUGAGAUAAUGUUUGUAAAACUCUUUGCAAACCUUAAUGAAAGUUAAUUAUAUUAGUUGUUAAUUCAAUAUUAAUAUUAAUUAUUCAUUAAUCCAGGGCAGAUUCUCAGGUAGACUACACUGUACCCAAACCCAUCCUCACAGUCUGCUUGGAUAGUCCCAAUCAUUGCUAGCAUUUGUAUGGAUCGGGUCUGCCCGGGGCUUUACAAAUAUUAUCUCGCUUCGUCCUCAUGAAAACCCUGGAAGGGGGUGAUUUAACAGAAUUUUGCCAUAGGGUUCUCUAAACUGUGAAUAGUUGGAGCCGCACAAAGCAAGCCUAGAAACGGGUUUUAGAGAUCAAGUCUCCAGGUUAAUUAAUCACUUUCAGAGGGAGGGAUAUCUCUGCAAACUAGAGACCCUCCUGGGCAGGAGACCCAGGCAGAGAUGCCGUACAGCAAUCAGAAGGUGGAUACAAUCAUUUUCAGGGCUUUAGUGGUUUCCCAUGACAAGCCCACGAGGUGGGUGUUUUCCAGGCCUGCGGGAACAGAUCUUAAGGGAUUGUUUCAAAUCCUGGGGGUCGUUACUUGUGGGGGGACAGACAGAACCAGAGUUCUGUGAUGGGAAUAGGUUCUGAUGUCUUUGAUUCAUUUCAUUUAAGAUACACUUGGUCCUUGUUAGUAGGAGCUUACUAAACAUUUGAUGAAUGAAUGAGUGAAUGAACCCACUUUUUCACAGGCUGGGCUGGGGUCCCCCAAAGACCAAGCUCCCCAAGGAGGGCCAGCACAGCCUGCGCUAUCUGUUGAGUGUCUCUCUUUGGCUCAGCUCUGGGCCCCGUGGGCUCCCGCUCCCUCCCCAAAGGCAGUCAUGUCCUGGCCAUCCCCUAAGCUGGGCAAAAAUCUGUGGCCCCAGGACUGGGGACUCCCCACGGAGCAGGCCAUUUCUAUACAACUUUGGGGUCUGUUGGAGAGGAGGAAAGAAGGCGGGAAAGAUUUUUAAGGCAGAAGCCCAAACUAGCUGACCUAGACCCAGUUCCAAUAAAGUCUUCUCCCUUUCUCCAGCCCCCCUUCAGUAACCCGACUGGCUGAUGUCUUACCUUCCCCCCUUCUCCCCAUCUUUCCUUCCUCUUUUCCCAUCUCUUCAUGGAUUUCUUCCCUUUCCUUUUUCUCUCCCCUUUCUCCCUUUUUCUUCCCUCCUUUCUUUCCCUCCCCCUUUUCCCCUUUUUCUCCCCUCUUUUCUUUCCCUCCCCCCUUCUCCCUUCACCCAUUUGUCUCAGUUCUCAGGAGUUUUAGGGCGAAGGGCAUCCUGGUAUCCCAUCUGGAAGUGAUCGGGGCUGGGUAAUCCUUCAGAGGAAUGUGGAAGGUCCUGAUUGUUUCCACAUGUUGUGUGGGGCUGGGGGAGGGGGAGGCAAAGAAAGAGGGAAAGACCAGGAGCCUCUGCUCAGGGCAGGGGGGCUGCCAGGGCUUCUGCUGGAGACUGAGGCAGGAGACUGCUCCCUCCCCAGGAGCCCCUCAGGGCGUGGAGCCGGUGGUCAGGGGAUGCUCUGGUAGGGAGCCUGCCCCGGGGGCUCGAGCUGGCUUGUCUGCUAGUGUGGAUGGAUGUGGGAACUGGGGGAAGGGGAUCUGAUUUUUAUUGUUAUUUUUCGUGCUACUGUAGCUUUCAUUGUGGCACUUUUGUAAUUGAAAUAAAGGACUUCUACCUGGG